ACCUGCAUAUGGCGGACGCUCAGUUUAUGUUUAUGUCAAUAAGGAACUGAUUUUUCGUUUGCGCGGGUGAGGAUUUAAUAAAUAUCUGUUAACAAGAAUGUGGCAGUGAUUUAAGUGAAUUGUGUGUUUAUUUGUGAUAAUGUUUUGCGUCACUGGACUUAUCAGAACCUACAAUUCUUCAGUGGAUUUAUAAGGACAUUUAGUUUCUGUGCGAGGGCUUCAUCAUGACCUCCGAUAUCUCACCCGCGCAGGCGCAGCCCGGCGCCGGUAAGAUGCGAGAGCGGCGACGGGCGCGACAUCGCACGGCCGCUCUAGUGAUCGCAUGUCUGCUGUUCUUCACCGCCCAAGUCGACGCUGAUGACGAAGAAGAUAUAAUAUUAGAAGAAACAGAGGCGCCGCAUAUUAAAAUAGUCACAGAGGUGCCCUUAGUGGGCAUCCCGCCAGUCAACGAUUCGAAUAUUUUUAUACAAUAUUUAACACAUCCCCCCGAAAUCACCAUAAGGCCCCGCAACCUGCAGGUGCGCGCCAACGGCAUAGCCGCGUUCUACUGCGCCGCGCGAGGCGUGCCCAUACCCGACAUACAGUGGAGGAAAAACGGCAAGAGAGUUUCUAGUAUGCAAUCACGCUACCAAGUGUCCGGUAUGGACGCGGCGGCCGGGCCGGGCGCCUAUGGCACCGUUCUCCGGAUAGAGCCGGUGCGGGCGCAGCGAGACGACGCCACGUACGAAUGCGUCGCCGAGAACGGUGUAGGUGACGCCGUCACCGCGCUCGCUACGCUGACCGUUUUUGAAGCCGACAAGGCGCCGCCGGGGUUCCCGUCGAUAGCGCCGCCGUCCACCACGCUGGUGGUGGAGGUGGGGCACAUAGCGACGCUGCCGUGCCAGGCGAGCGGCAGCCCGCCGCCGAAGGUGCGGUGGCUUUUCAACUCGCUGCCGCUGGACGUCGCCUCGAACCCGAGAUACGCGCUACUGAACGAUAAGAUGCACGGAACGCUGCAAAUAGUGAAGAGUGAGGAGCAGGACCAAGGGAAAUACGAAUGUGUCGCUGAGAACGCGAUCGGCACCGAAUUCUCGAAACCGACCUCGCUCUACGUCAAAGUGAGACGUGUAGCACCGCAGUUUUCAAUACCGCCCCCGCCACGGACCGAAGUGAUGCUGGGCGGAAACCUCACGUUGAAAUGCGUCGCCGUUGGUUCGCCAAUGCCCACCGUCAAAUGGAGAAAAGGAUUGACGAAAUGGCUGACGCCCGAGGACAACCCGCCACUGGGCAUCAAUACUCUGAAGUUGGAAGAUAUACGAGAGUCUGCGAACUACACGUGUGAGGCGGCCAGCGUGCUCGGCGUUAUUGAAGCAACGGCAGAGGUCAAAGUUCAGUCGCUACCCGGCCCCCCCACCGAGGUGCGCGCGUCCGAAAUCACGGCGACGACGGUGCGCCUCGCGUGGACCUACAGCGGCCCGGAGGAGCCGCAGUACUAUGUUAUACAGUAUAAACCGAAAUAUGCCAAUCAGGCGUUCAGCGAAAUAUCGGGCGUGAUCACUCAAUACUACUCGGUGACCAACCUGUCGCCGUACACCGAAUACGAGAUGUAUGUGAUAGCCGUCAACAACAUCGGCCGCGGCCCGCCCUCCGAGCCGGCGGUCAUCACCACCGGCGAGACUGUGGAUUCAUUGUAUGGAGGUGCCAAACCCGGAUCAGCACCAAGAAAUGUACAAGUUCGUCCGUUGAGCUCGAGCACUAUGGUCAUACAGUGGGAUGAGCCAGAAACGCCUAAUGGUCAAGUUACGGGCUACAAAGUUUAUUAUACAUCCGAUCCGUCUCAGCCCAUACAGUCGUGGCAUUCGCAAAUGAUGGAUAACAACCAUUUGACGACGAUCAGUGAACUGACGCCGCAUACCGUGUACACGAUACGAGUGCAAGCGUUCACGUCCGUGGGGCCGAGCCCCAUCUCCGCGCCCGUGCAAGUGAAGACUCAGCAGGGUGUACCCUCGCAACCGUCUAACCUGGUUGUGGUGGAGGCUGGCGAGACAUCCGUCACGUUGUCGUGGCGACGCCCGACGCACGCCGGCGACAAUAUCGUCUCGUACGAGCUGUACUGGAACGAUACCUACGCGAAGGAGCAUCAUAAGAAACGCAUACCGAUAACGGAGACGUACACGCUGAACGGGCUGUACCCGAACACGCUGUACUACAUCUGGCUGGCGGCGCGCUCGCAGCGUGGCGAGGGCGCCACUACGCCGCCCAUCGCCGUGCGCACCAAGCAGUACGUGCCGGGUGAACCUCAAGACGUGAAAGUAAACGCCAUCAACUCGACCUCCAUACACGUCACCUGGAAGCCGCCACAGGAGAAAGACAAGAAUGGCAUCAUAAGAGGUUACCACGUUCACGUGCAGGAAGUUAGAGAAGAGGGCAAAGGCCUCCUAAAUGAUCCAAUGCGGUUCAAUGUAAUGGAUGAUACGACACUGGAGUUGAACGUCUCCGGCUUACAACCAGACACAAGAUACAACGUCCAAGUUGCGGCUUUGACAAGAAAAGGUGACGGUGACCGAAGUCCGCCGGUGUCUGUGAAAACGCCAGGCGGUGUUCCAAAUAGACCUACAGUAAAUCUUAAGGUUCUAGAGCGUGAUCCUAUAGUAUCAAUAGAGAUUGAAUGGGCUAAACCUACCCAAACAUAUGGAGAUUUACUAGGAUACCGAUUGAGAUAUGGUAUUAAAGAUCAACCGCUGGAAGAAAUGAAUUUUUCUGGAACCAAAGUUAGUUCGCACAGAAUCAAUGAUCUGGAAAGAGGCGUUCAAUACGAAUUUCGUGUUGCCGGUAGAAAUCCAAUUGGUAUUGGUCAAGAAACUAUAAAGUAUUGGCUUACACCAGAAGGCGCACCUAAAGGCCCACCUACCAACGUAUCGUACAAUUUCCAAACACCGGACAUUAUAAGUAUUACCUGGGAACCGCCAAUAAGAGCUGACCGAAGUGGCCAAAUAAGAAAAUAUGAUGUACAAUUCUACAAGCGAGGAGAUCAAUCUUCCCUCGUCGAGAAGACCACAGAGUUAACUAAGGCUGUGUUUACAGGGUUAGAGGAAGAUGCUCACUAUGUUUUUAAAGUUCGCGCAUACACAGAUCAAGGAGCUGGACCUUAUAGUAAAGACAUAGUAGCUCACACAGAAAGAGACAUCGGUAGAGCACCAAUGUCGGUAAAAGCUGUAGCCACUUCAGAAUCAGGUGUUGAGGUAUGGUGGGAAACCGUACCUUCUAGGAAAAAAGUUGUUGGUUAUGUUAUCUUCUAUACAAUGACUCCCGUUGAAGAUCUAGAUGCAUGGCAACAAAAGACCGUUCACGUAACUCAUUCGGCCGAUUUGGAAAAUUUAGAAAAAUUCGCUGAGUAUGCUAUUGCUGUGGCAGCUAAAUUAGCCGAUGGGUUGGGCAGGUUAUCGGAAAAAGUAACAGUUAAAAUCCGACCGGAAGAAGUGCCUUUACAUCUUCGAGCGCAGGACGUUUCCACUCAUUCAAUGACACUGUCUUGGUCCCCACCUUUGAGGCUUAAUCCUGUUAGUUAUAAGAUUUCAUACAAUGCAAUUAAAGAAUUCGUAGAUUCCCUUGGAAUGACUCAAACUCAAGAGAUUCCUAAAAGAGAAAUAGUCGUAAAGCACGAUCGAACGUCUUAUUCUAUCAACGAUUUGUCACCAUUUACAACAUACAACGUGAAUAUAAGUGCCAUACCUAAUGAUAACUCUUAUCGGCCGCCAACCAAAAUUACAGUCACAACUCAAAUGGCAGCACCUAAACCGAUGGUUAAACCAGACUUUUACGGUGUUGUUGAAAAUGAAAUACUUGUUAUUCUACCUCAAGCCUCGGAAGAAUAUGGCCCCAUAUCGCAUUAUUAUCUUGUUGUAGUUCCUGAUGACAAAGCUCAUAAUCAUAAAAACCCUGAUCAAUUUUUAACCGAAAACUUAAUCAAAAACAACGCUAGGACGGACGAUGAAAAUGCACCAUACAUUGCCGCUAAAUUCUUACAAAGAAAUAUUUUAUACACUUUCCAUCUUGGAAACGAUGAAAUGUAUGAAGGCUUCCUUAAUAGGAAACUUAAUCCGAAAAAACGAUAUAGAGUAUUUGUUAGAGCUGUUGUUGAUACACCUCAGAAACACCUUUAUACAUCUAGUCCUUUCUCAGAAUAUCUAUCACUAGAUAUGCGAGAAGCUCCACCUGGUGAAGAACCAAGUAGACCCGAUCCUAAAGAUAUGAAUGGUGACCCUGAAAUCAGAAUAGAAGAAAAUCGAAAAGAAGCUGGUAUGGUUUGGGUAAUUGGACCCAUCAUUGCAGCAUUGAUGCUCUCACUUUGCUUAGUACUACUGUUUAUUGUAAAGAGGAGACGACAACCGUGUAAAACGCCUGACCAAGCUGCUGUUACUCGACCAUUAAUGUCGGCAGAUAUUGGUUUUGGAGCUCCAUCGGAUCCUGUUGAAAUGAGAAGACUUAAUUUCCAAACACCCGCUAUGAUAUCACAUCCACCUAUUCCUAUCUCCGAACUGUCAGAACAUAUAGAUAGACUAAAAGCUAACGAUAAUCUCAAAUUCUCCCAAGAAUAUGAAAGUAUAGAACCUGGCCAGCAAUUUACAUGGGAUCACUCUAACAUGGAAGUUAACAAACCUAAAAAUCGUUACGCCAACGUCAUAGCCUAUGAUCAUAGUAGAGUUAUCCUUCAACCUAUCGACGGAAUACUCGGAAGUGAUUACAUUAAUGCUAACUAUUGCGAUGGAUAUCGAAAGCAUAAUGCAUACGUUGCAACUCAAGGACCACUACAGGAAACCUUUGCCGAUUUCUGGAGGAUGUGUUGGGAACUGCGAACAGCAACAAUAGUCAUGAUGACGAAGCUUGAGGAAAGAACUAGGAUUAAAUGUGAUCAGUACUGGCCAAGCCGCGGGAGCGAGUCUUACGGUAUGAUGACAGUUGCAAUUGCUGAAGUCCAAGAACUGGCUACUUAUUGCAUUCGUACUUUCCAAGUCACCAGAAACGGUGGAGCAGAACGGCGGGAGAUUAAACAGUUGCAGUUCACGGCCUGGCCUGACCACGGCGUACCAGACCAUCCGGCACCGUUCUUGCAAUUCCUACGACGAGUCCGAGCCUUAAACCCACCCGAAGCGGGGCCGCUUGUCGUCCAUUGUUCUGCGGGCGUCGGUCGUACCGGUUGCUUUAUCGUCAUCGACUCUAUGCUGGAGAGAGCUCGACACGAACGCACGGUGGAUAUCUACGGCCAUGUGACCUGUCUCCGUGCACAACGUAACUACAUGGUGCAAACCGAAGACCAAUACAUCUUCAUACACGAUGCCUUACUCGAAGCCGUAAUCUGCGGCGAUACGGAAGUUCCUGCGCGCAACCUGCACUCGCACAUCCAGAAGUUAAUGCGCAUCGAUUCGAUCGAAAACAUCACCGGGAUGGAGUUGGAAUUUAAGAAACUGGCGAACAUGAAAGCCGAUUCGAGCCGGUUCGUUUCGGCGAGCUUGCCGUGCAACAAACAUAAGAAUAGGCUGGUGCACAUCCUGCCGUACGAGUCUACCCGCGUCUGUUUGACUCCUCGCGAUGGCUCUGAUUACAUCAACGCUUCGUUCGUCGACGGCUACAGGUACAGGGCAGCCUAUAUCGCCACUCAAGGCCCACUCCCAGACACUACCGAUGACUUCUGGCGCAUGCUUUGGGAACAUAACUCCACCAUCAUUGUGAUGCUGACAAAGUUAAAGGAAAUGGGAAGGGAAAAAUGUCAUCAAUACUGGCCUUCCGAUCGCUCGGUGCGCUAUCAAUGCUUCGUCGUGGACCCCAUCGCUGAAUACAAUAUGCCUCAGUAUAUCUUGAGGGAAUUCAAGGUGACGGACGCGAGGGACGGCGCGUCGCGCACGGUGCGCCAGUUCCAGUUCACGGACUGGCCGGAGCAGGGCGUGCCCAAGAGCGGCGAGGGGUUCAUCGACUUCCUGGGCCAGGUGCACAAGACCAAGGAGCAGUUUGGACAGGACGGACCUAUUACCGUGCACUGCAGCGCGGGCGUGGGCCGCACGGGCGUGUUCAUCACGCUGUCGACGGUGCUGGAGCGCAUGCAGUACGAGGGCGUGGUGGACGUGUUCCAGACCGUGCGCACGCUGCGCACGCAGCGCCCCGCCAUGGUGCAAACUGAGGACCAGUACGAAUUCUGCUACCGCGCGGCUCUGGAGUACCUCGGCUCGUUCGACCACUACGCGAACUGACCGUGAGACAGGCUCGUGUAGGCGACGCUCGUCGCAUAUAACGUCACCUAAACUAUUUAACAUGGCCCUUUUAGGAUCUUUCGGAAGCGUGUCGUCAUCAACAUUGCAAUCAGCGUCAUCGAUAUCCACCUUGUGUCGCUCCUCGAUCGAUUUAUUUUUUUGUAGAAUUUCGUUUUAAUGAGUAGAAUUUACUCGUCAUAUAUAAACUUAUACACAUUUAAACUAAAAAUCUUAAAAAUCAUUCAAAAGUAUCUUAUGGUGGUCACACCAUUGGCAUAAUUUAUUAUUAAUAAAUUCGCGUAUUCAUACAUUCAAAAGCAGAAUAGCUUCUACAAAAUUUAAUUGUCUGAUUUGAAGGUCUUCACCGUUUUAAAUUAAAAUGAUAAUUUUCAAUUUCAUGUGUACCUCAAUCAGCAAGUAAUGCAAUACUUCAUCAGAAUUCCACCAGUGUUGCCAGUAUUCCGAAAGGCGAUGCCAAAGGUUUGAAUACCGCAAGGGUCGCAAUUAAGAGGUUGAGGAGCGAUACCCUUUUUAAUGAUCAUCCAUAUAAAUAACUCCGCAUGGACCGAAUUGAGACAAUAAUAAAGUUUUCAUACGCGACACGUUUCGUUUCACCUUCGAGCGACUUAACAUUCACGUCUAUAAUCCGACUAAGUGUUUGGAUGAUGUUUGAUAACAAUUUACGUUUCACCUUAGAUAGUUGAGAUAGUUGAAAAGAGGCUUGCAUAUAAUCGUGUAGUGGUCGGAAAGGACUGUUAAGUCGCUUCUAAAUCCGAAAGAGAAAGGCUCGUCUCUUGUGUGGGUGCAACAGCUAUGACAGAAAGAGGCUAGAUCGCGUCAGUGCCUAGAUAACGUAACUUAUGAUAUAUAACCUAUGAGACCAUUGUAAUCAUGAUUGUGAGUGGGAAAGGGUAAUUGUUAUUUGUCAUUGUAAUGGCUUCUCAUUGGUGCCUGUAUCUUAUAUUAAUGCAUUUCAUGUGGAUUUUUUGUAAUCAGUUAAAAAAAUGUUUUUUUUUAUUUAUAAUAUUAUUUUUUUGUAUACCAGUAACUUUUUUUAAUUUUAUAAUAUGGCAAAUGUAAUUUUAUGGUUGUUUUGUCAUAUUAAGAGCAGAUACAAGCGCCUUUGAGAAUGAACUGCUACUAUAUUUAACCUAUAUCCCUAUUUUCGAUAUAUAGAAAAGUAUACUGUUGUUCGCACUAAUUGAUCCUCUGAGCAGUACUAUAAACGGGAUUUGAUGCAUUUAUGAAUAUUAUUAAACAAAAAAAAAACUUAAAAAUGUUCGGGAAAUUAAUAAUGUUUAAAUAAAAUUAACUGUAUUAUCGAUUGAGCCAUGAACAAUUAUUUGCUAAUAAUAUAUUUGUAAUUAGGAAACGGAAUCAGUGCGCUUAGAGACUUACGCGAUAUGAUAUUCAAGUCUAAUCACAUAUUAUGACUAGGGCCGGUGGUGACUGACGAUGCAUUUUUAAGGGACUGUGAUUAUUUGAAAAAAAAAUUAGUCCUCACAUGUACCAGUAAAACAUAUAGAUUUUUUUUCUGAAAACAAUAUUGAAAUUUACGUUUGAUAGUAUUAUAAUAUUUAAAGUUAUUCAUAAAAUUAUCGGAUUAAUUAAAAUAGAAACCUAAUCAAUUGUCGUACCGAAAACCAUCAGUUGACCCCCGGCCCGUAUACAUAUACGGUACAGUAUAAUGUAAAAUGUAUAAAUAGUUAUUGCAGCUGUAAUUAGAUGUUUAUUUUUCAUAUCGGGUGUUAAAUACGUUAAGUAGUGUAAAUUGUGGUAAUGUUUCAUUGCGAUGUAACAACAAACUUAGACGAAUCGGCUGUGUCGUGUGAAAUUAUGUCAUGUGCGUAGAAAGUAAUUUUUUUUUUUGUGUAAAUAGAUUUUUUUUUUUGUUUUUUUUUUUUUAUACACACUCACCUUAAAAAGUACUUCAGACAUGUGAAUGCCGGUUUUCUUUGUUCCUCGUAUAAGUUCCAUUGACGCUUGAUUACGUUCUGUUCUGUAAUAUAUUGUCACUGCCACGUGUGGGAAAGACGGUGAUUCAAUGACAUAUCUAAUGUUAGGUAGAAAAUUGUUUUGUCGGUGUGUUGUAAUGUUAAAAUGAAUUGUAGGAGAUUAUUGAAUCUGUUCGGCAACGGAUGGACGGUGGGGAAAAAUGAUUAUCUGUAUAAUUUUUAAUCUGUAUUUGUGAUAUGAUUUCGCGCUUCUUAGCCACUUGUAACGAAAGCUCUAAGAAACUGAAUCUAACACUAUUUAAGGUUAUAUUUAGGUCGAGUAUUUGUUUAAUCUAAUCCCUUGCCUAGUAUUUGUAACUACACUUACAAUUUAGGUUUUUCAACUCCUUUUAUACAAUCUUAUCUAACCUAAAAUAUAUCGAUCUACGUAUAAGUUAAAUCUUGAGCUUCGAAAUUUAGAUGUACGAUGCGUUUAAUGAAUGAACUAUGAAUAUAUCAAGAAUUGUAACUGCCAAUUGUUUCGUGUAGCUAUAAAUCAAAAUAUAUGUAAUACGGAAGUAAAAUAGAUUUUAAAAAAUAUUGUUAAAUCGGAUAGUGAAAAUUUAAUACUCGUUAAUGAAUCGCGUAUCGGAUCUCGGAAGCUUUGCGCUCGCGAUUAUCUUACUUAAAGCGGCUUUUUAACUGGCGACCAGUUUAUGUACACGUGUUACUGUUUCAUUUCAUUUCAUAUAGCGCUGUAAGUAGUAGACACGCUGCUAUUCGUAUGAGUGAACUACUAUAAAUUCAUUCACAUAAUGUUCCGUUAUUCCAUGACAACAAAAGGAUGAACGCACAUGUUAUUAUCUAUGGAAUAUAAUAUAUAUUAAGCCCCUUACCAAAUACUUUUAUCUGUGGACAUUCCGACCAGCCAAACUGUUAACACCAAUGCGCUAUAAAUUCAAAUAAUAGUACCCGAACAUAAUAUAAAACUUUCGCCACACCUACGCAAUAAAAUAUGAAAUAUUUUUUUACCGGCAUUGAAUGAAAAUAUAUUUUUAUAAAAUCCAUCGUUCACGCAGUCAGUUAAAACCGUAUAAAUAUAUCAUGAAAUAGAUUUGUCAUGUUUUGCAUUGAUGUUCAGAAAAAAAAAAUGUUAAAAUGCGUAUACAUCCUAAGUCUACUUACUCGUGUUGACAGAUUGAAUUCCUUAAAACAUUAUCUAGUUUGUAGUAUUAAUUACUGAAGCCGCUAUGGAUACGGUUUCUGUACUAAGAUACACGAAUGAUACUCAGGUUUACCCUAUACCUUGCGAACAUAGUUUAAUUUUGUAAUAUUCCCGUUAAAAUAUUCCAUUCACAGUACAAAGUAUUAUAGUGUUGCCAUAAUUGCCACAAUCCAUACCAUUUAUGUACAUACAUGAGAGUAAAAACCGUUUCAUUUUGCAAAUAAGACUGAUUUGUUUUCGAUGUGUUCUUACUUAAUUUGUGUUGUGUAUUCCUGUGUAAUGAUACGGCUAUUUUAUUAAGUGUAAUUAUACCUUGAUUUGAGGAUUUGUAUUUUAUGUUUAUUAAAAUGUAGGUAUAGUUGUAAGAUUACGCUCUUAAUACGUAAACAAAACAGAAAGCUUUGAACUCGAUAUUUUGCUGACCCCUUUUAAUUUGACUCUGUUAUUAGUAUGAUUUUUUGUUAAUUACGUAAAAGUAAAAUGAAAUAUGUAUAGUUUUUUUUCUUUUUUAUUUACAAGUACAAACGAACAACAAUGAAAUUUUCCCGAUUAUUUUGCGUUUUGUAUAUUUUGAAUUGCAAUAAGGCGCCAUAGCUGUCUAUGUUUAGAGCAAUUGCAAAUGGCGGACGUAACGUGGCGGGAAAGAUUGAAUGUAAUUAACUCAAAAGUUAAUCCGUUAUUUUGUAAAAAAUAUCCCGCGAUGCGUCCCGGGACACAGUGGAUUCGCAGAAUUAUACAUAAUGUAUAUGAAGAAAUAAAUUUAUGUGAAAUA